AUGAGAAGAAAAUCACCCGCUGUUCAAUUGAGUGUUAAUUUUCAACAAAUCAAAUUGACAAGUAGUUACCACAAAAAUUGCAUAGAUGAUGAAAAUCAUUCAGUAACAGAAUUUUGUGUUUUAUGUAACACAUUCACAUUAUUUUUUGUUAUUAUUACUGUUGGUCAUAAUAGUAAUAAUAAUAGUAAUGGUAGUAGUAGUAGUAGUAGUAGUAGUAGUAGUAGUAGUAGUAGUAGUAGUAGUAGUAGUAGUAGUAGUAGUAGUAGUAGUAGUAGUAGUAGUAGUAGUAGUAGUAGUAGUAGUAGUAGUAGUAGUAGUAGUAGUAGUAGUAGUAGUAGUAGUAGUAGUAGUAGUAGUAGUAGUAGUAGUAGUAGUAGUAGUAGUAGUAGUAGUAGUAGUAGUAGUAGUAGUAGUAGUAGUAGUAGUAGUAGUAGUAGUAGUAGUAGUAGUAGUAGUAGUAGUAGUAGUAGUAGUAGUAGUAGUAGUAGUAGUAGUAGUAGUAGUAGUAGUAGUAGUAGUAGUAGUAGUAGUAGUAGUAGUAGUAGUAGUAGUAGUAGUAGUAGUAGUAGUAGUAGUAGUAGUAGUAGUAGUAGUAGUAGUAGUAGUAGUAGUAGUAGUAGUAGUAGUAGUAGUAGUAGUAGUAGUAGUAGUAGUAGUAGUAGUAGUAGUAGUAGUAGUAGUAGUAGUAGUAGUAGUAGUAGUAGUAGUAGUAGUAGUAGUAGUAGUAGUAGUAGUAGUAGUAGUAGUAGUAGUAGUAGUAGUAGUAGUAGUAGUAGUAGUAGUAGUAGUAGUAGUAGUAGUAGUAGUAGUAGUAGUAGUAGUAGUAGUAGUAGUAGUAGUAGUAGUAGUAGUAGUAGUAGUAGUAGUAGUAGUAGUAGUAGUAGUAGUAGUAGUAGUAGUAGUAGUAGUAGUAGUAGUAGUAGUAGUAGUAGUAGUAGCAGUAGUGGUAGUGGUAGUAGUAGUAGUAGUAGUAGUAGUAGUAGUAGUAGUAGUAGUAGUAGCAGUAGUGGUAGUGGUAGUAGUAGUAGUAGUAGUAGUAGUAGUAGUAGUGGAUGGUUAUCUCAUUACAAAUGA